UUGGGUCGUAGGCUGGCGCCGCGACCGAUGUCGCAGUGGCCGCAGUGUCGUUGCAACAGAGCAUCGCUGGUCGUGUCGUCGCGUUGAAGUGCCCCAGCUGUUGAAUUGCCUUUGACGAGUGUCCACCUUGAAACCCACAGUCGACCUCCAUGACAUGGAUCAUCGCCAACGAAGGAGCGCUCGGAAAUGAACGAUAAUGUAAUUCUAGAUCGAGCACCAUCAUCACCUACAGCUUAGACCACUUGAGGCGAUUGCGGCAAACGGAAAAAGUCACUGUUGGCAGCAACUGCUGACAUGGGAAGCUGCGUUUCAGCCUUGUCAAGUGUCGGCGGAGACAGGAGUCGUCGGGAGCGGACGUUUCAGGUGUGGAACCUGGACGAGCAGGGCGCCGAGGUGAGCCCGGGUAAGAUUGAAGUGAACGCAAAUGACCUGGUGCUGUACCAGCGCGGCCGACCGCCCGUGCGGUGGCCCCUGCGUGGUCUGCGACGCUACGGCUUCGACGCGCACCUCUUCUCCUUCGAGAGUGGCCGUCGAUGCCCCACCGGCUCGGGCAUUUAUGCCUUCAAGUGCCACCGCGCGGAGGCACUCUUCAAUGCCCUACAGGAGUGCAUCCAGAACUCGGGUGCUGCGUCAGCUAUGACAACGACCAUCAGCAGUUCGGUGGCUGCCCCUGACCAGCAGCAGCCGGCUCCACCCUCAAGCAUUGUCCCAAUGACGAGCCAGCGGAAUGACAUCGUCUUUCCCCCGCCAGUCAGCAACGGUCCCACAGUUGACUCGUCAGGUUACCUCGAACCCAUUUCCCUAGGUUCGCUGCGACCUGCCGCCACGUCGCAGUCAAAUGCAGCUGCCAUUACGAUGCCCAACUCGACAUCGCAAAACCUGCCCCAGCAUUCCUACGUGAACUCGUGCGCUCAGUGCGGCCAGCCACAUCCGCCACCCUGUGUCGACAUCAACACCAACUAUGCCAAGCUGGACGACCUGCUCAGACAGGAGGCGGGCGUCAAGCCGCGGGAUAGCAACCACUUUUACGUCAAUGUCAAUCCCAUGCCCUUGAAUCAGCAGCAACACCCACUGCAGACACACUCAUAUGCGAACCUGAGCUGCCCAGCAUCUCCCGAGCGAACUGUUCCACCGUCAACAGCAUCAACGACAGCGGCAGCCGGCCUCCUAAAUAAUGGUGGGUCGGCAGACGAAGUGAACUACGUGGUGCUCGAUCUGGACCACCAGAGCGACUCAAGCACGAGCGCCGUGUCCCCUGUGGCAACGGCUGCACCCGCGGUGGGCGCGACAACGGUGGCACCAGGCAGUACUGCUGUGGCAGGCGCUUCUACCAUCACACCAGGCUCGCAACCGACGUCCCCCACCCGUGCCCCCGAGGGCUAUGCAACCAUCGACUUUGACCGCACAGCCGCACUGUCUAACUCGGCCAACCCAAGCGUACACCACCACGACGACAGCGUGCGGAAGACGCGCCACAACAGCAACGCGGUGCCCGUUCUGUGUUGAAUGUGGGGGGCAUGUAUUGUUUUAUGCACGCAUAUGAUUGAGUGCUAUGACCAAGCUGAUGAUGUGCACGUGUUCUCCUAUGUUGCCAACCGGACAUCGACCAUCAUGACAGCUUGGACAAUACGAGUCACUGAAGCACUGUCAGGGUUUUGCUAAGUGACGAGGGGUCUUGUGUGCUUGCCCAGAUUGGCGUGAGCAUGACAUCCCAGGUGCUCCCAUCCUGAUGAUGAUGUGACACAAGAACAGUCCCAGGUGCUGUUACACAAGUGACUAUGCCCAUUGGAUGAUGUGGAGUUUGGCCUGAGCGUGGAUUUCCAGAAGGUCAGCGAGCAUGCAUCAGCACUCUUCUUUUGAGAGGUCAGAUGUUGCACAGCACUCCGAGGACCAGCUUCAAUAGCAUUGGUACUAUGAACUGCCCACCGCUUCCGAGAUGUAGCAUCGAGCUCUUUCUUUAAAGUAAGUGCAAAUGGUGUCCGUUUAAAUGGCACACUCAUUUUGGGCACAUCCAUGCAUGAUAUGGUAUGCAGAUGCUUUGUGUGCAUGCUCCUGUGAUGGCUGAGAAAAGCUGCCUCAUUGCUGAGGCACAACUUGCCGUUUGAAUCAUGGAAUAGCUCGUCAUGACAACGAUGCCGUUGGGUAUUGGUGACAGUAUGGAAUAUGAAAAAUGGCAGAAAGGGGUAGAUGGAAGCCUGCGAUUGAAAACUCUGUAAUUGUGUGCUUGAGCCAAUGGUUUGACAAGUUCACUUGCCGUAGCGUCGUCUUGAGCAUGCAAUCCCCGUUAACGAAUUUUUUUCAUCAGUAUUGAAUAUCAAAAUGUUUAGAGCACUUAUCAUUUCUACACGAUUAUAAUGUGCACCUGAUUUUUGUAAACAAUACAAGAAAGGCUAGCAUGCUCCAACACUAUAUAAAUGUCCAAUUGACUAUAUGAAUGGAAUACAGGACUCCCGCUGCUGCAUAAGCAUGAAAACACUUAUCCACUCUAAUGACCCUAUAUAAAACAAAACAUUGCUGGCAAUAAUUAGCAAAUUUCUAGCCAAGAAAACCAAGCACAAAAAAAAAAUGUACAGGGUAACAUUAAAUGAAAUACGUCCCAUUGUUCUCUUGUGAUUACCAUCAUAUCUGAAGGCAGGCCAUAAGCAAUGCAGCAAUUCUGUUUGUUUUGUAUGUGACAGCAACAUACGGGCAACAUGUCAACACAUUUUCUGAAAAAGACUGUGCUUUCAAAAAAAGAAUUGAGCAUAUACGCUGCAUUUGGUUUCAUGCACGACCACUGUAUCUAAGAAUUACUCUCGGUCACACUUUCUGGUGAACUUGGUACUUUAAUUUUAAAGCACUCAGCUACAAAAACAAAAAGAGCCAUAAGAGUGAUGAAUUUAAGUGGUCCGGAGCAAUGCGUGAUAUGUGUAGUGCGCCUGCAAACAGCUUUCCGACUGCCCACGACAAAAAAAAUUUCAGCAGUGCUAUUACAUAACCUGUGGUACUAUAAAUAUGUGGAGGAAAUUUCACCCCCGCAGCAUUCUUGAGACUGCAGCCAGUGUAGGAGGAAACUUGCAGAGGUCUUCUUUGUGUGAUCACAUUUGCUGUGAUCUCAUAGCUUUGGACGCAUGUGGUACCGUUGUCAUGACAGCUUCUGAUCGACGGCUAAAACAAACUUCUGAUUUCUAGAUCUCCAGUUUCAUUCAUUGGGAUACAUAUCGAAUUUCACCAGCAGAUGUACACUUUUUUUUUUUGCCAUAUCACUGCGAUGGGUGGCAACUCUCCUCUGGUCUGUCAUGAUUGUUGUGCAAAAGCGUGGGCAUUUAACAGGUAGCCCAAAAAAAGAAGACAGAAGACUGAGGGCUCAUUUUGAGACCUCUAAAUGUGAAGCUAUCUGCAUUUUGUGCAUGUGUCAUUGAAUAAUUUUUUUGGGUGAAAACAGAAUUGUUCAGGAUUUAAGCGUGCCAGUGACUUUCUGCAAACUAUCAUGGUUAGAAUGGUUGAGUGCUUAAGAGAAUGGAGCCUGGUCUAUUUUGAAGAAGGCAGAAACUUCCAGCUUGAGAUGUACACCAUAGGAACCACUUGUACACCUCAAAAGGAGUGCAAGUGCUUGGAACAGCAUACGUGGUGUUGGCAUAGAUAGUACACCGAUGUGUGGUGUACUAUUAAAACCACGUGAAAUGCCACAGAUAGAGUACUUGUGGCGGGGACACCUUUUUCAGUGUUAACCCGGGGAGAGGCACCAUACACCUGGAUGGUGUUUUCCAGGUGGCAUUUAUAAGCAUCAAAACCUAAUAUGGGCUUAAUGCUUGUUGCACACGACACCACUAUUUCCGUUUGGAGAUACCACUGGAUAUAGGGCGGGCUUUGUAAGAGACCUAAUAAGUUCUCUGCCAUAAGCUUUUUCAAGUGUAAAAAAAAUGUGUCCCAUCAACUUUUCUUGGCAUGUUGAGGAAGCAAAGUUCUCAUCAACAUCGAUGAUGACCAUGAGUCUGUGCGAUUUGGGCUUGCAAGACUUGCGGUUGUACUGCUUUAUGAUCUCAUGCUAGGCAGUGACUAUUGCUGCUUCUUGCCGGUGUUUCACAAGUGACCACAGAAGCAUUCUUAUGAGGUAGCAUUUAUUUAUUGAUGCAAAAGAACAUUCAAGGCAGCUAAUCUUUAGUAUAUCUCGAUUGGUCAUUUGUAUUCCAAGCACGUUUUGUGUGUUUUAACAUGUCUGAGAAGAAACGGUGCAUUAGCCUGAGGACAUAAGCUGCUGGAUUAUUAGCCUUUGCUGUAAUAUUUUUUCAAGCCGUAAGUGUUUGUCAAAGGAUUGUUUUUUUUUUCCAGCAAUCAAAGCAGUUGCACUUACAGGAAACCAAUGCCCUAUGCUUAAACCACACGCUUUUUCAUUGAUAUGCUUUAACAAUGGUGCAGAACUCAGAUGUAGGCUCAAAUGUCGCUAUCUGCAUCGAUACCUGCCAUUUUGUUGGCUUAUGGACCGAGAGCGUGAAGCAGUUUUUUUUUCGCAGGGUAAAAAAAACACACACACACACACGACGACUCGGCUAACUGCCAACGUUAAGCACAUUGCCACACGCAACCAUGUUUUAUAAAUGUUGGAAGUAUUCCAGUUAUUGACCAAAGAAGGUGAGGUGCCAAUGUCAAAAUGUGCACCAGCUAUUUCAUGGGCAUUUUCUUCACACUGUUAUCACCAAAGAACGGCUGCCGUGCUUUAUCGUGGUGUUGAUGCUUGUUUUAGCCAAAGCUUGUUUAUACGUUUCGUUUGUGCGUUGAUUUAAGCACGAAUGUUGUGAAGAUCUCAUGAAGCGUUUCUUGUUUUUAGUGUUUUUUUUCCUUUCCUUCUAUGAUGUUUGCGCAAACGUAUGUAGCAACAAACUUGCAGCUGAGAAAGACAAAGCGAUUUCUGCUAGUGUGCAGUUACCUGUGGCACAUUUGGUGCUCUGUUAUAUAUGAAGCUUGAUUUACUUUUUUCAGUGCAUGGUCACUACUGCAUUCGCUAGAAUGCAGGUUCGUCAUAUUUAAUGAUGCUUGUACUUGGUCUUAGUAUUUACAAGGUUGUUGAAUUAUUAGCCAUGUUUGAGGUCUUGGCUGGAUUGAUUACUAAGCCCCAGGCUGCUUUGUCGAUAUGAAUUACUUUUUCCAUUUCAAAUUUCACUUCAGGCACACGUACUACCCGUCCAGUGUUAUGCUUUUGUCAUUCGCACAUUCUGAAAAAUGAAUAUGGAGUGUCCACAAAAAGCGGAAUUAAGGAAGAAACUUUGUCUUCCAGACAGCACUCAACAGGAAGCUUUCUACUUUUUCUGUAAAUGUAGAUUUUGAAGCCAUGCCCGAACUCAGCUACACAACUGGGUGUUUAUAGCUGGGCAUUAUUAAAGCCUGUGGAAGUCAACAUCAGAGUUAGGCUUAGCAACAGCUCCUCUUCCCAGCAGUGUCUUGUCUAGUAAUUUUUUUUGUACAGAAGUCCCACUGUCACUUCUGCAAAGCAGUUGCUGUUGGCCGCAACAAGCAUGCGGUAGUGUGAUUUAUGUUAUGAAAUGCUUAAAAUGGGCUCAGCAAACCUCCGUGAUUAAUCAGUAAGUACAUUGUUGUGAGCGCAGCAUUGUUCAGAAAGCGCGAUUGAGCAUUAAUUCAUUUGUUAAAUAAAUAAUAUGACAUGCUUGUUACGCUCAAGCACAAUUUCUUUUUUCAAUGUAACGCUUUUGCAGUUGAAUUUGUUCACAAUGUUAUCACUGUUGCAGAUCUUUAAAGCUCCAGAGUGUGAACUAUGAACAUACAUUGAUCCACAUAAGUAACAGAGUUAAAUCAUUGUGGUGCUUCAAAUGUUUAUUAUUAUUGUUAAAUAUGCAGCAAAGUUCUCAGAUGUGUUUUUAAAGAAUGCUGAAUAUGUGAACAAUGUUCACUUAUGCUUGCUAAAAGCAAUUGCUUACACUUGUCUUCUUGCCUUUACUGUGAUGCACUCAUUUAAUUGUAUGCUGUGGUGUGUUGACCAGCUAUGUCUGAAGAAAUGUUAGAAAUAACAGCUAGUGUGAAUUGUUACACAUUAACUUGAAAGUUCCUUUAUUAUGUGUUGUAAAAGAUGAUGUCACCAGCUUAAUGCAGCUAUUUAUACAUUGACAGUAAGCCCAUAUAAUUAUGGAUGGCAUUUUUGAGGGUCACCACAGAUUUUUUUUACAUAAAGGCACACAAUAAGGCAUGUCCAAUCGAUUUGAAUGCAUUGCAUUUGAAGUGAAAAGAAUAAGAAACUUUUUAUGCGCCCAGUUAGAGCACCAAUUUACAACUUCACAAUAAUGACCUUUUAUAUUUGUAAGUGCCGAUUUCUGAGGCAGUUUACAGUGAACAGGAUUAUUAUACUGAAUUCUUUUUUGCUGCUAGUGAUAUUUCACAAAUGUUUAAUUCAAAAUCUUUAGCCUGUGCUACAUAAAAAGCAGACACAAAUAUCGUGCUGUACAGUUAAUUUUCUAAAGGCAUACAUUUUAAAACUACACAUGUACUGUUUUUACAUGAACUCAACAUUAGAAGCUAAAUUCUUGGAUGUAGAAUUAGACACUUUCUUUUCAAUCGUAUGCUGUGUCAGCUAAGAAAAGCAUUACGGUUUUUUGAGUAGUACGCAUUCACACUUGUUCUAACUAGCAUUCUUCAAUUGAUCGAUCAAUCAACGGGCUGAAUUAAGUUUGUACGUUCAGUGGAACAUAAAAAGUGUCAGGUUAGAUGCUUUUAUCACUGACAAUGCAGCACUAAAGUGGAUAGCUUGCAGCAGCAUUAAAAAUAAGUUAUCAGCCGUUUUAUUACAUUCACUACCAAGUCAGGCAGGCUUUAAACGUCAUUGCAUUGAAUAUAAAGCCAGUGAACAAAGGACGGCAAUUUCACCAGCAAAAUCCCAAUAGAAUUGUGUUAUUAACAGAGUUAAAUAAAGAAACAGGUUUGUAUAAUUCGUUAUUUCCUCCCCUCUGUUGCAAAAAUGAAAAUCCAGUACUACCGCCACCGCCACGCUGAAAUUUUGAGAGAGCGCUCUUCAGCUAAAACGCUUUAGCUUCGCAGUCUAAGGAAGUAGUCAUGGCUAAGGCAUUACUAGUAACACAGCCAUUUGAUCGACUACCUAGUCCUAACAGGUGCCAGAUACCAAAGACCACAGGCCUGAGUGUUUUUGAGGCAUCUCUGGCAGAUGUGUUGUUGCUUAGGUGCUUGAAAAAUUUGGGUGCUCUUGUGCAUCCAUUGAUAUGUGUACGUUUGGGGGUGCUAGAUGACAGAAAGAAAAAUCACUGCAGAAAAUGUGUUUCAAUUGCAUUAUACAUGUUAAAGCCUUGUACGGUUGAUUCAAAGUAUGGUUGCUUGGAGAUAUUGCUUCUACAUGCAUAGAAGCGAUUGUUCAAGACCUGCUGAAGCUUUCUGCACUGAGGUGCCGUGAAGUGUAUGUCUCAAGUAUCUCUAGCAGCUAUGUUAUAUGCAUGUUGAUUGCCAGCUACCUUUGCCAAGUUGAAACGACACGUAAUGUUCAUGGUGUGUAGGUGUUAGUGACAUUGACUUCGUUGCAACCUUGCAGAUGGUCAAAACUGUACAGAACUUGAACUUUGGUGUAACUGUGUGUGUUUUGUGCAUGAGUGUCAUACAACAGAUCAGUGUUGCUCUCGUUUUAACUAAAGUAUUUCUUCUUCCGUACGUGCUAACAGCAGGAAAAAUGUUCAUGAGUACCUUACUUAACAUUGUGCCUCUUAAAAGUAAGCGGAUAAACGAAAUCAAGCUGCUAAAGUAACUUCAUAUGAAGUCUGAGUCAAAUAUGCCUGAGGCUCUCGCAUGACCCUCUGCCAAGUUACUGGUCCAGAAAAAAAAAGUUACACGUGUUGGUGGCACUCGACUGCAUUACUUUUUUUUGUUUCCUGGAAGGAAAAUUUUGCCAAUGCCCUAUAGAAAUUCUAUUUGUCAUGUUCUUCACAGUACAGAGAUGUUGCCGACAUUAACAUUUGCAACGUGAAACCAUCAGUUGAUGAUAUUUAGCAAGCAUAUAGCAUAACCAAAGUACCAGUGAUCUUUUUCUUUUUUUUCCUCUCUCAAUUAUGUGACCUGUGUUGACUGCUUGCAAUGCAAAAAGCCCCAAAAUGAGUGCACUUGCACAAAUCUUCAAACUGUCUGCAUUGAACGUAAUUAGUAUAUUGCACUUAAUUGGCACUGUAAUAAUGACUAAUUUUAAUUGGUACUGUAAUAAUGGCUAAUUAAACAUAAUUAAAGUACCAUAGACAAUUUCAUUUCAAAUAGUACUAGUACUUGGCAGUUGGUCAGCACAUACUUUAUGAACUGCAAUCACUAUUGUAUCCUGUGUCCACUGCAGAGGAAAAAAAAAAGAAUGCCAAAGAACGAAAGUUAAUACGUACCUGUCGACACGUCCGCAGAUUCCAGAGAGACGACUACUACUAUUUAUGGAGAGAAAAGUGAAAUAAAAGCUUCAUAUCGUUCUAC